GUCACAUCGAAACACUUUCUCUUCUCUUCCCCCUUCCGACAUCCUCGCUAUUAAAAACUAGAAAUGCUGAUUGUCCGUAAGAGUCUUUGGUACUGUGACUCCGCUACCAUACUAGGCGCCGCCCCGUUCUCGCUUAGUUUCAUUAUUUUUUUCGACGUAGUACCUUCCAAGUCUAUUUCUAGGCAUGUUCUUCCUCGAAUUGGCAUCAAGAAUAUGAUGCGAAGUCGCAGCCCAUCCUCGCGUAUGAAGACGCGAAGCCGGUCACCGCCAAACAAAAAGCUCCUCACGGGUACGAGCUUUUUGCUGAAAAAUCUUGGUGGCGCAGACGAUGAUGAUGAAAACGGUGUAAACGAUGUUGAAGGUGGACGCGAUGACGAGCAUGAUGAUGAAGAUGAAGGCGAGCAGCAAUUUGUUAGAAAAAUUUCCAAAAAAAAAUCCAACUACAAUUCUGGUAGGGCGUUCGCAAAGAAAGCCUCGUCGUCGGACCAGAACCUUUCCAUUAAGGCCUCCCCUAAUCUAUCUCUAUUGGUAUUCCUCACGCGUAUGCGCCUGAAUACGAGGGGAGGACUUCUACUGUGCCAUACACUUGAGGGAUCCCCACAGGGAUGAAUUAGGGAGAGGGCUAAGUCCAGUUGUGCCACGUCGUGCACUUUGGGCCUAAAGUGUCCAGCAGAGUUGUCCUUGCAACAAGUACAAAAGCGCUUCCGUGAUCGUGAAAGUUGGUGGCGAACGGAGUACACGAAAUUAUCUGAAAGUUAUGCACUGAGACUGAGCAGUACACGAAUGAAUUAUCUGAGUAAAACUAUCACAAGUUGUGGUGGUGAAAGUUCACAUAAUCAUGUAGAGUCUGUAGCGGAUGUAGGUAGAAGUUUGGCGACAUGCAAAGAAGAAAAAAAGGGAGAGAAAAAGGAGAAGAACUAGAUGCACAACAAUUAGACCUACCUCUUGCCAGGCGCCUCAGUCAAUCAUUCAGAUUCAUGUCAUCAGAUGUAGAUGCUGUAGUAGUUGGCUCCUUGUUACCUCUUUUAAUACAGUGUUACCUUGAUGUGUAUCAUCUAUGUUGAGCAUCCCGUCGACGUAACGUUACUCGUCAGGAGCAAGCUCUAAUAUUAACAUCAAGCAGGUGCAUCAGUCUAAAUGAAAGUAUUACUAUUAGUGUUUACAUUUAGUAAAAAAGAAGGAACAGAAGUAGAAAGUCUGCUCUAAGAAACAACAGCAAGACAGCUAGCGGAGGCGUCACGAGCAGAUGGAUGUGGAGUGGCGAGACGUCUUGGGCAAAUUGAGACGUGGAAAGACCCAAUAUCAACCGAAUUGAUUCAGAGUUAUGGAAGAUAGAAGGCAUGAUAUUUAGAUAUGAGUCAAUGGGAACACCAUGACAGAAGACGAAGACAUGUGAAAGUGAACGAGAAUAAGACUAAGAAUAAUGUCUAUGCCUAGUGCUAUAACCUUGUCUCCGAGAUGAACUAAGUCGAAUUGUGCAUUUAAGAACAGUCUUCCCUAGGUCUAGACGUAGACUGCUCUAAGUAGGAUUCAUUACAAUUUUGCUCGGGCUAGUUUUGAUAUUUUUACUUACCAUCGUUUCUCUUGUCACGACAUGCUUUUGAAUUAUGACGUUUAACAAGCCUCUACUUAUUUUCACUGAUUAAUACUUUUGCCAUCGUUUCUAACCCAAGCAAAAGGCCAUGCGCGAAUUCGACCAGACUAUUGAGGCCUGCGCUUGGUUUCGGAAUCUGAACGAGAAAAGGAAAGUCUUCUUUCCGUGGAAAGAUAUUAGUGGCGCUUAAGGCGAAGGCUCAGUUGUAGCCUAAUUAACCUUGUUCUGAUUUUUUGCACUACAUCACGGACGACCUCUUCAAGAAUAUUAAUAGGGUCGUUAGUAGUUUCAGGUUUCUAUCAAUCUAUACUCCUGCAGUCGGAGGCUUUUCAAAGGGAAAAGGGGCUCGGAUGAACUUUGAUCUUCAGGAUUUUGAGCCAGGUCUUCAGGAUCUUGAGCCAGCACCACUGAUAACGAAGGCUUUGUGCCUUAAUUAACUUACUCGAAUACUCAUAAAAAUAAAAUAUGCGAGUAAGUUGUAACAACAUGAUAACCGAGUAUCUGAGAUUAUUCCCUAGCAUACUCGGUUACUUCAGUUUUUCGAUUCAAGGAAGGCAAUGCAAACACCUCUUGCUAGGCACAUUCAUUCAUUCAUUCAUUAUUAAACCUUGCUCUGAAUUAUCUGAAGCAUCCUGAGGACGAGGAGGCCCAUUUUUUAUAAAAGGAACGGGGGAGUCUGUCCUUUCAAGGGGAUGCAUCCUGCAGAGGCUUAUUUGGUGAGCUCUAUGAUUUGAGACCUCUAACCUGCUGGAGCAAAUGGCUACCUGCGAAAAAUCGACACGCUCACGAAAGAACGGGAUGAAUGGAAGGCCUCAUCUGAAAAAUUCGAAGCUAAAAGCUUAGCAUUGGAAAAGGAAUUGGAGGUAAUACUACUUCACUUGUAACAAUGUUGAGGAAAAUAUCGUAGACUUCACCAUUGUAGCAAUGUUGAGGUACUAAGACAGACUACUUCAAUUUUGAGGAACACAAUUUGGAGGAACACGAUUUAUUACCUCCGGUCAAAUCCAACGGUCCUCUAAGAUACUGGUAGUACUAGGACUUGUUCUACUACUCCUACCAGUUGUGAUUCGUACUAUGUUACGAUUCAGUUAUGAUUCAGCACCACCUGAAACAGGAGGCAAGGACCCUGCUCACCACCACCUAAACAGGCAACGCGAAUAGCUCUCUUUCAAUCGCAGCAGAGUCAUAGGAUGGCUUCAGAGGACGCCAUUGGUCAAUUCCGCUUAAAAAAAGAACUCAAGCGGCAACUUGAACGAACUGAAGCUAAACUCGAAGCUGCAUUUGUCAAAAUUUUAUGGCGGUAAUUUGUUGUUUGUACUUUGUGUAAGUAUCUAUGCACAGGUAGAGGUGCGAAAAAAGUUCAAACAAUUGGAGGAUUGAACUACAUUAUUGGCGCGAAAUAUUUUUUUGGGGUGCUUCGUUCCUAGAGCGUCCUCUGAAAAGAUGACGAAGCCCUUGAUAGAGCAAUCUCUUAAAUAAAAAUGAAGCUUGAUCUUUGUACAAUCAUCUAAAGCUCACCGCUCUGGAGAAGGAAUUGGAUGCUGCAAGAAAGCGAGUGACGAAGUUGACAUUGCGGGUGAAACAGUUAGAAGGACUCCUAGCAGAGGAAAAAAAACGCGUCGCGGACUUAGAGGAGCAGAACCUUCUGCUAGAGUUGAGACGUGAGUUCGUUCAUUUUUACUUCGAGUUCGUCGAGUAUCCCAGCUACUUACGUAGUUGAAAACCAAUCUGAAAAUAUUUCCUUUCUUAUUUGAUACAGCACGUGCUCGGAACUUACUUCUACAGCUAGACCACAUCAAAAAUUCAUUGAUGAGCAAACAGCUCCAGCUCAUAAUGAGAUAAUCUUUAGUACUGUUUUCGUAUGUAGUUCAUGUGUGCUACUGCUAUGAAUUUUGACUUUCCAAACCCUCUAACGCUGGAAAAAUUAGUGAAAUUGGAGAAUCAACUGAAGAACGCAGCAAAACACACCGAAUAUUGGAAGAAGAAGUACGACGAGGCAUUGAGAGGAAAAAGAAAAGAUGGUAUUGAAGUCUGAGUCAGACUCUCUGAUUGUCAUUUGGCGUCCUUUGUAGUUCUUGAAAACUUUAGUACUAUUAGUUUUCGUAUUAAAUGCUCAUGUGUGCUAUAUAGAUCAUACCUUUGCUCUUGAAAUCUUUAUUUCCACUUCUACAGCUCUCGCUGCCGGCAAGAAAAAGAAGAACUGGUUUAUCCGAGACUGCGACUUUUGUGGUGCUCCUUGUUUCCGCCUCCAACCCUGUGAUGAGUGCGGGCAUCUGACUGAGAGUCGACCAGUCAUUAAGGCUAAAGUACAACGUUAUCGAUAUUUAUUUAGUGUUAAGUUACUUUGGAAGUUAAUGAAGAUUGAUGAUUCCACUAUCUCUAUCGUCAGGUCUAGAACAACUGCAUUAUUGUUCAUUGAUUUACAUGUUCUUGCACGGUUAAAAGAUGCCUCGCUUUCGGCUGCACCUGCAGCGAUAAGUGGACUAGUAGAGUAGUGAACUUUUCCCAAUGGAUCCAUACAUUUUAUUGACUGGAACCUCCUUUUUGAUUCCAGGGGAAAACAGUGUCACAGUAGAGAUGAGCUCCGCUCAAGAUGAAGAAAGAAUUCCAAAUUUUUUGGGUAAACACCAGAUCAAACUACCACCGGGGAACAUGAAAAACCUUUACUAGAUGUUGAAUUGAAUUGUGCGUUCUUUUUCACUGUUCUCUCCGCUUGUUCAAAGCCUAUUGAACUUGGGUAAAUUUUUCUUCUACUUUCUUACGUGCAAUAAAGAAAUCGUCUCAAAACCAAGGACAACAUCAAUGGACAACAAUAGUGAAACCACAAGCUUCUAAGAUCCUGUGGAGAGCCGGUUGGCUAUUGCGCUUACCUCGCAGCUUACUCGCUUGGAAGUCGAUGUCGCACUACCAAACAAGCGAGCAACACACCAGUCUGGUAUGCGUUUCCCAGAAUUUAGUUAUGUUGAAAGAAUGAGGCUAGUAGAAGUUUAUUUUCAUCAUUCAAAUACAAAUUCUUGAAUCAGUUGUAACACCUAUUUUAUGGGUUGAAACAUUUCAUUUCUAGAAGUCAUUUUUCAGUGUUUCCUCCUCAAGAAGGUGAGAAAAUGGAGGCAAGAAAUGAAUUGUUUACCUAUUACUGCGUGACCGUGACGCUGCAAUCUCUAUACUAGCUGUAAGUACUUAUGAGAGAUCCGAUCUUGUUCGUUGAGUUCAAUAUCUACUCCAAUUUAACGAGGUGGACCCGACAAUAAGGUAGGCCUGUUAUGCAGCUCUAAUUUCUACGGCGUCAUCGCGGGAGCAAAGGCACAAGCAAAACGCGAAAUGGCCAAAGACCAGAAGAGUGCCGGACGACACCAAAGAAAUGAACGUGCUACUAGCCUUAGAGGACAGCAGAUAGCUCUAGGGGACGAAGAUCAUGAUGAUCAUUCCACGUCAGAACUUGAUGUUCCACAUGGUUAAGACUAGCGAAGAUAAUUCAUCUUUGAGAGCAUCCCUGAAAAGUAUGACUGAGUACUUAUUCUCAUGGUGAUACAGGAGAUACACUUCAAGGAUGUUGCAGAGCAAAGAUGUACCCCUUCGGACAGCCCUAACAACAUGGCGGAUCGUCGAAAGGGCCUCAAAAAAGCGCACCUGAAAGAAGCAUCUUCUUACCAAGAACGCCGCGGCUUGAGGUGGGAGCAGAUGGAGCACCUCUAGAAACAAGUAGUCCAUACGAGAAAAAAGUAGCCGUUGGAACACACUAGAUAAGCAUAAGCUGAUGAGAUGACAGCGCACUAAAUCAAGCAUGGAGAUGGUGAGUAAGAAAGGUAUGCAGAACAUGGGUCUGAGUACGACUAGCAGUCUAGAAGUUUUAAGUAGAGCAUAGGAACAAACAAGAACCAUACGCAUACUGUUUAGAAGGGUGUUGCACAUCAACAUAUUGUGCCUUACUGUUCUUUGUGACACACAACAACUUUUCCAUGCAUGUCGUGCUGUUAAUUCAUUGUCAUGCUGCGAUGAAGAGAAAAUUAGUGAUCAUAGUUGUUGAAGGAACUUCUCCUCGUCAGUGGUCAACAUAAGAAAUUUUCCUGUAUUCUAGUUUGAUAACUCCAGGGACAACCAGUCAUGAUGUAGCAGGGUUUUCGUCCCAAUCCAUCGUAACAAUUUUUUGGUCUUUGGAAAUGGUGGAUGGUCCCUCCUUCAUUGUAACAUUUUAUUUUGGCUCCUCAAGACUUGCUCAUGCUCCUUCAUCUCUUCACUUCUUGAUCAUUCAUGUUUCUUAAUAGCAUGAAUGUCUUAACAGGAUCAGGAAAGUAGGUGGCAACAGGGACAUAUGGAUAUGCAUGCAUUACUCUGUCCUCGGAGUUGAGCUAGGAGUCCGCGGGAGCUCGAUGUGCAGGAUCCCG